AUGCUUUUUCUGCUUUUUGUGUCAGUUGUUGUUGGAGAUUUUGUUGUCGAUUACAUCGCAAGUAAGAUAUAUGAAUUUCUCAAAGUUUUUUUUUGACCUCCAGCCAUGUAAGCAUUGUAGGGGAAAGAGCGGUGUUUUUUGAUAUCCAGCUUGGAGAUGACACAAGGACAUUAAAAGCGCAACUCGACAUAAAUCGGCCAUACUCGGUCCUCCUUCAUAAAGAUUGCAGAGCAGCGAAUUGCUCGCACUUUGAGAUAACGGACCCUUACGAUCCAAGGUAAGGUAAUUACGUACAAGAGGGUACCACAUACAAUGUUGUCAUCCUUGCACAAAGUAAAUUCGUAUUUCUUUUGCAGCACUGCCAAAGGAGAGGACACUGGGAAAGAAUUUAAAGAUGACAAGUACAAUAACAACGGGACAAAGGGAAUUUGGUUCAAAGAUACACUUAAAUUUAGAUCAAUGGAGUUCCCAGUGGAGCUCGGAGCGGCCAUGUCUACGGCACGGCAAGUCAAUUGGGAGUACGCCGGGAUUAUUGGACUGGGACCGGUGAAUGAGGACCAUGACAAGAGAACCAGUAUAGUCAAAAAACUGAUGAGUAAGCUAAGUGUCCAGCAGAUUGUCAUUCAAGAAGGUCCGACCAAUCUGGUUAAGGUAAUUGUGAUUACUGGUAGCCUAUGACACUUUAGAACUACGCAAAGGAAGGCGACGAUCGAGAGAAGGGAGGAUCAGUCACCUUCGGAAAAUAUGAUUCCAAGUCCUGCGGCAAUUUCACUUUUACCGACACAAUUGAUCAUAAAUCAUGGAGAAUCAAGGCUGAGUAUGUUUUAUUAAAGAAUGACUCAACAAUUACAGCUUCACAAUUGGCAACCAGGAAUUCUCCAACAAGACAAUAGCCUUUGCAAUUGGAGGGCUUGGGGUUGCAGAAGAAUACAUAUACAACAAGUAUUUUCAUCAAAGAGUUGACAGUGACACAGACUAUCCGAAAAUAUCGCUGAAAUUUGGCGGCAAACGUCUUGCAAUCACUGGAGAGGAUUACGCAACCUUCUACAAAAAAGUGAGUGAUUUGAUAUAAUAUUUGUGUCAUCACCGGUUGUAGCUAGGACAAUACGUACCCAUGUUCUUGAAGGCCGGCCCUGAAUACCCAUACGAUUUUGCGUUUGGCAGCGAUUUUCUGCAGCAUUAUUGUUUGGUUCUUCGGUCAAAUAAGGAGUUUACAAAGCUGGAAAUUGGAUUGGCAAAAAAUAAUGGACGGCCAAAGGGAGGGAAGGAUAAGGACAAGGAAGGUGGAGCCGAGGAGAAGGAUCAAACAAAAUCCACCAAUAAAAAUUUAUCUUACUUUGCAUGUAAUUCCGUGGUGUUUUUUAUUUUUUGGCAACUCUUUGCCCAUUAAUGCAAAAUUUUCUAAAUAUAAUAAAAGGAAAUACUUACCAUGCCACCAGCCCAAUAAUCGUGCUUUAUAUCACUAAAGCUGCUUAAUAACUCUAUGAAAGCUAGAACAAAGGGUCCCUGCCCUUUGUCCUUUUUCAUCAUCACAUUCAACGAGGUUGUUGACAUCUUCUUCGUAAAUAUUCUAGAACAUAGAACAGAGAAAUCUGCCUAUCAUGGAGAUUACACGUGGUGUUAGCACACCUUUUAACGUCUAUUCCUAUUCUGAUUCAGAAUGCGGUUCUUUGAGAAAUUCAAAAUGAAAACUUGUUCUUUCCCGCUUUUCCUCUCUUUGGCGACAACUGUUAAUGGUGAUAUUUUUAUCUCCACAGGUACACUUCAAAUGUGCAGAAAACAUUUUAUGACUUGACAUUUUUUAAAUGGAAUCUGUUUAGCCCAAAGAGCGGUCCUUAACAUCGACUUUGGACGCGAUAAACGUACUCUCCAGGCACAACUAGACAUCAACCGCCCUUACUCAGUCUUCCUGCUCAAGGAUUGUAGGGAAUGCACGGCUGAUAAAUAUGUUAAGACCUAUGAUCCAAGGUAGGUGGAAAGCGUGUAUGAAAGGCGUUUCUUAAAGUUUUAUAGUCCUGAUCAACACCAAUUUGCAGUUGAUAUUCCAGGAAAAUUAAAUUGUUCCUUUUAGCCUUAGCGGUGCUACAGAAUUAGCCAAGGAUUUUAAGAACGACAUGUACAGUUUGGAAGAGCUAGAAGGAAGGUGGUACAAGGAUACUGUUAAAUGCGCUGGCAUCAGUUUUCUAACAGAGCUAAUUGGAGUAAGGGCGGUCGAAACAAGAUUGCCUUGGGAGUAUUCUGGAGUUAUUGGACUGGGACCGGCUCAGAAUACCGAGCAAGAAAGGAGCAGUAUUGUUAAGAAAUUGAUGACUGAUGACUCAAUGAGUACUCAACAGAUUAUCAUUCAGGAAACUUGGAGAGCAUUGGAUAAGGUGAAUAUUUUUUAAGUUUUUUAUACGACCAAGUCUGUUCGGCCUUUUUUGCAGUCACCUUUUGCUAACAUUAGUAGGAAAAAACACAUUGCCGAAAUCUUGCUUGCUAGAUGGUUACAAUAAAAUCCCUAAUUUUGCUAACUUCCAGAAGCACAAAAAAAAAGAAGAAGAAACAAAGAAGAGUCGUGGCUCAAUAACGCUUGGAAGAGAGGUCAAUAAGGAAAGAUGUGGCGAUUUUACCUACACAAACACUGCAAAUCACAAGGCAUGGACGCUUGAAGCGGAGUAAAUUUUAAAAUUUAACUGUAUGAUUUCGAAUUUACAGCCUCACAAUUGGCAACAAAACAUUUCCAAAAAAGAACCUAGCCUUCACAAUCGGGCAGAACGGGGUGGCAGAAGAAUCAAUUUACAAUAAAUUCUUUGCUGUAACAUGCAAUAGAGAUACGGAUUUCCCUAAAAUUUCGUUUCAAGUUGCCGGCACAACAUUCGAAAUGGCCGGGAAAGAGUACGCGGCCUACGAUAAAUAUGUGGGUAAUCUUGAAACGCUAACCAGAACUUUUGAAAAUUUUAGAGCGACCAGUACAAGGCCAAGUUUUCAAAGAAGACAGCACAAUUUCCGUAUGAUUUCGCAUUAGGCACCGAAUUCCUGCAGCAUUACUGUCUUGGCCUACAAUCAAACAAACUGUUCACCGAACUAAGAAUUGGGUUGGCUGAGAAUAAAGGGAAGCCAGAAGGAGGACAGGAAGAGGGAAAUUGGGCCGAAGGAAAGGCUGAAAAGAAAGGCAAAAGCAAAUCAGCCGCUGCUUAUUCGUUAUCGUUCGCUAUUGUCUCUUUCUUUGUCAUGUUGGCUCUGAGUUAA